UUAGUGGCCAGCCUUAGAGAACAAUGAAUGACGAACUUGAAAAAUAAUCUCACUGUGAUAGAAUAUAAAAUAACCUCACUGUGAUAGAAUAUAAAAUAACCUCACUGUGAUAGAAUAUAAAAUAACCUCACUGUGAUAGAAUAUUACGUUUAGAUUGAAAGAAACGAUUGAGGAUCGAUCAUUGCCUCGGAACAUCGAUAGUUGUCUCCAGUCGAGACAACCGUUUAGUUGAGACAAUUUGUUAGAGAACAAUCAAUGACGAAAAUAACCUCACUGUGAUUAAUUUUUACGAUUCGAUUUAUUGAAACGAUUGAGUAUCGAUCAUUGCCUCGGAACAUCUCCAGUCGAUAAGCGUGAGUUGAAUGGCUUCGCGUCGGUACCGGCAGUACCGUCUGCGGAUGGAAUGGCUUGGUCUAGACGGCAGUACUCUGGUCAACAGUUCGGUGCGUGUCCAGUACUGGGCUGACGACAGUCGCGCCCUGUGUGAGAGUGAGAGGGAAGAUACAAGUGUCAGUGGUGGGACACCAGCCGACAAUCCGAUUGUACACAGUUGUCGGUGUUUGCUGCAGUUGGCUUUGUUUGCACUGAUUGUUGUCAUUGCAAGUCAUGCUCACACGUCUGUCCUUAGAUCGGAGCCUCGCGACUCCGGGGCUAACGAUGCAGAAGCAGCCGACAUUCAAGAAUUGAUGGUGAACUCGGAGGAGGAGGAUGAGCAGGAAGAUUCGAGUGACUACUGCAGAGGGGGCUACCAUCCGGUCAAGAUCGGCGAUCUCUUUCACAGCCGAUACCAUGUCGUGCGAAAACUUGGUUGGGGACACUUUUCAACCGUCUGGCUUUGCUGGGACCUCGUCUCGAAACAAUUUGUUGCCCUGAAAGUUGUGAAAAGUGCCAAUCAUUACACCGAAACUGCUUUGGAUGAAAUAAAGUUACUCAAAUGUGUUAGAGACUCCGAUGUAAAUGAUCCUUUCCGAGAAAAAGUUGUCCGCCUGUUGAACGACUUCAAAAUCACGGGUCAGAAUGGCACUCACGUUUGUAUGGUGUUCGAAGUUCUUGGGCACAAUCUCUUGAAACUGAUAAUCAGAAGUAAUUAUCAAGGAAUUCCUAUUGAAAAUGUAAAAUCGAUUAUUCGUCAGGUGCUUCAGGGUUUGAACUAUCUACAUACCAAGUGCGCAAUCAUUCACACAGACAUCAAACCCGAAAAUAUUUUGCUCUGUGUUGAAGAGAACUACAUUCGAAAGCUUGCGGCUGAAGCUACUCAGUGGCACAAAAUGGGUAUUCGUUUGCCUUAUUCAUUUGUGAGUACAGCUCCACAAACAAACCAAGUAGACAAAUCGGUUAGGAUCUCAAAAAGUAAGAAAAAGAAGUUGAAAAAACGCGCCAAACGUCAAGCGGAAAUUCUUCAGCAGCAAAUGCAACACCUGGAAGUUGAAGAAUAUGGUGACGUGGUGAUGAAAGAAGAAGAAGUUUCUGAUGAAUCAGAUAGCGAUUUCGAGAUGAAAGACACGCCAAAUGACCAAUCGACUCCACCAGAAUGCCUUACUAGUAGAAUCGAAUCUGAGGGCAGUCCUGAAUGUGCUCAGAGGUGUAAAAUAACCAUAGAAGACGUGACUCCGUCCAAACCUCCAAAACCGACUUUGGAGAAUCGCAACAGCUUCACAGAAAUGGAGAGCAGUGUGGUUGUAUCGAGCGGCACCAAUCACAAUGUGGAGCUUCCUGCACCCACCACAUCCACGUCGGAGGCUGCGGUUGCCGGCGCAUGCGCAAAGCCACAGAAUGGCACUCACUCCGCCCCGCACUCUGCCCCUAAUACCCGUGGCACAUCCUCGGUAAAAUCGGCCGGUCGCAGCGAGAGUCAAGCCGAGAAAACCAAGGGCAGUCCUUCACAAAGUCAAGGAGCAACUCCAUUUCGGCGAGUACUGUCCUGCCCCAACCAUCAAGGCAUGGAAAGCCAAAGUCAGUCAGAAUUCGACCCAGUCCAUGAAGUGUGCGAUCUGCAUGUCAAGAUAGCUGACCUUGGAAAUGCGUGUUGGGAGAAACACCAUUUCACGGAUGACAUCCAAACCAGACAGUAUCGAAGCUUGGAAGUUCUAAUUGGCUGUGGUUAUGGUACUCCUGCCGACAUUUGGAGUACUGCUUGCAUGUAUGUCCGAGGCAUUUUGUGUGACAGUUUGAAUUGUGAUUUGACAGGCAAACUGAAACAUAUCCCGUACAUGAAGCCGUGGAACCUGAUCGACGUGUUGACUGACAAGUAUGGUUGGCAGGAGAGCGAUGCUCGCGCCUUCUCAGACUUCCUCACUCCGAUGCUGGACUUUGACCCCGACUGCCGAGCUACGGCUGCUGCCUGCCUCAAACAUCCCUGGCUCAACACCCCCUCCUCCUCUUGCGAGUCCUCCUCGUCCUCAUCGUCCACCUCUUCUUGAUCUCAAUCCACCUCGAAAGCGUCUGCGUCGACCUCCUCUACUGCGUCUGCGUCAACUAAUACCACUUCCAUGUUUUUCUAAAUUUAGCAAAUAAUGUUUGUGUGUAAAUUUGUACCAGCUACCAACACUCAGUAGUCUAUCAUCAGUAUUACAUUUUUACCAGAUAGCGAUACCAAACACUCGUUUUUCAAAUUUAUAUUCGACAUCAAUUAUUGGUUUUAUCGAUAUUUUAUUAGUUGACACACUCAUUAUUCGUUCGGCACAUGGUUUAUCCAUGGUUAUUUAAUUAUUGCAUAUCACUUUUCAAAUAUCGUUUACUGUAGUUGGAUGCCAGUUACAUGAAUAUAACUUUUGAAAGAUGCGAAUGCUGAGGAGAGUAUUUAUAUAUUAUGUAGUGAAAAUAUAGACUGCAUUAUAGUGAUGAAAGAGAGAGAGAGAAUGAGUUCGAAGUAACUGUGAAGUUCUGUAAACCUCAGAAAAAUUAGAUUUUCACUAAUAGUUGCUUUCGUUUGAUACAUUAAUUAAAUAUAUAUCCUUUGUUCAAUUGGUUGAAAAAAACAUAUAUCGCUCUUAUACCAUCAUUCAAUACUUUUAUUUUGCUUUCGUUUGAUACUAUUAUAUAUUUAACCUUCGUUCAAUUGAUUUAAAAAGCAUACUGGUGAUCAGUUAUCAUAUCAUGUAUUAUUCAAUAUAUUAUUUUUAUUAUUCAAUACGUUUCUUCAAAUUAUGGUGGUUAAAAGAGAGUCCGAAGCAAAUAUACCACACUGAAACGAGAUUCGCUAUAAUGCACUAAUAGUUUCUUCAGUUUUAUAUUUGCCUCAAUAAAAUGUUCAGCUUUUUUCCUAUUCAUACAAGAAAAGACAUAGCUGAUUUCGUUUUCAUAUUACAGUAUCAUUCAAUACUCUCAUUCAAAUAAUGAUUUAUUUUUGUAUCUUUAUGCAAUAAUUUUAUUAUAGUAUCGUGAGAGUUUGAAGCAACUGUACCACAGAAUAACAAGUUUUGCAGUUAUGCACUAAUAGUUACUCUCAUUUGAUUACUCCAUUACAUAUAUAACCAAUACUAUUAUAUAUUUAUCCUUUGUUCAAUUUAUUUGAAAAGCAUACUGGUGCUUUUGUUAUUAUAUUAUUCAAUAAGUUUCUAUAAAUUAUGGUGGUUAAAAGAGAGUCCGAAGCAAAUAUAGCACAGUAAAACGAGAUUCGCUAUAAUGCACUAAUGGUUUCUUCUAUUUUAUAUUUGCUAUAUGAAAUAUUCGGCUUUUUCCUUAUUCAUUCAAUAAUAGUUAUUCUCGUUUGAUUACUACAUUACAUAUAUAGCCGAUACUAUUAUUUAUGUAACCUUUGCUCAAUUGAUUUGAAAAGCAUACUGCUGCUUUUGUUAUUUUAUCAUUAUUCAAUACGUUUCUUUAAAUUAUGGUGGUUAAAAGAGAGUCCGAAGCAAAUAUACCACAGUAAAACGAGAUUCGCUAUAAUGCACUAAUGGUUUCUUCUACUUUAUAUUUGCCUCAAUAAAAUAUUCGGCUUUUUCCUUAUUCAUUCAAUAAUAGUUACUCUCGUUUGAUUACUACAUUACAUAUAUACAGCCGAUACUAUUAUAUAUGUAACCUUUUCCCAAUUUAUUUGAAAAGCAUACUGCUGCCUUCGUUAUUAUAUCAUUAUUCAAUAAGUUUCUUUAAAUCAUGGUGGUUGAAAGAGAGUCAGAAGCAAAUAUACCACAGUCAAACGAGAUCCUCAAAAUAAUAAGUUUUGCAGUUAUGCACUAAUAGUUACUCUCGUUCGAUUACUCCAUUACAUAUAAUUAUAGCCUUUGUUCAAUUCAUCUAAAACCAUGAUUUCAGGGAGGAACUCGAGUUAUAUCAUAUAGUCUGAAAUGUAUUUACUUGUGUGUUAUUAUUUUUAUAUAAUGUUUCCAAUCUGAAGUACAUAAAAGUGUGUAAGGUUAUUUGUGAUUCACAUCGUUACUGUGAGUUUGCUAAACGUCACUUACCACACUUCAUUUGAUUAGCAGAAAACAAUGCUUUUAUAGAUAUUGUCCUUGUUGUCAUUCGAUGUACUUACUGGUUGCGAUAUUCGAGUAUUGUGGGCUAGAAUGUAAUAUUGAGCUGAAUGAGUAUGUAUAAUUCGCCCGGGUUGAAAAGAACUGUAAAAUUAUGAUAAUCUAAACACGAAUAUGUUAUCAUGUUACAGAUUAUGAUGAUUGGAAUAUAUUUGUUAUAAUAAGUGUACCUAAGAUGUAAGGAUGUGAUCUUUGUAUUAUAUUCAACAAAAUCAGCAUAGAUAAACGGAACGAUUUCUUGUAGUUGGGAAUUAGUCAUUGUGAGGAUUAGUUUAGCUGUCUUCUAUUCCAUAAUGAGGUAGAAAUACUUGGUGUGACAUUUUCAAAACGACAAUGUAUCAAUUCAUCAACCUAGCCUCCCCACAUCUUAUAGCAUUAUUUAUUUUGUGCUUCCUCGUCUAACAGCGAAGCAAUAUUAUUAAAAGCAUAUCAUUACAUUGCCCACGACUAGUUCUUAUCACUAUCGUAUAAUGUGCAGUAUUGUAUAACGCCGUAUUUGACUGAAUAUUAUUCUUAUACUUUUCAAACGUGAAGCUAUAGUUCAUUGUAUUGAUAUUGAUAUUAAUUGUGUAGCGACCUCCCUCUGUGAAUAUUAAAUAGAAUGUAAACCUCUAACCUCACUUCAAGUACUCUCACUUAUGCAGAACAUUUGGUGCUAGAACUCAAUUUUAAAACUAUCUGGAAUUCUGACGCUUGAUAAUCCGAUUAAUUCAACCCAAUUUAAUUCAUUUCAAAAAGACAAGGGCUAGUUGAACAGAAACAAAACCGUUUUCUGAUAAUGAUGUUUUUUUAUUCAACGAACAAUUUGUUGUGAAGCCUUGUAAGGUUUGCUAUUAAGUACAUAGAUGUUCUACUUUGAUUCUGGAUAAAAUCAAAAUGACUAAAAUGAGGUGUAGGUGGAAAGUCGAAAUACAUUGUGUUGAAAAUGAUGGAAAUUUCUACAUUUACUCAUUGUCUGAAGCCUGUACGUUUUGGGGCCAGGCUAUUAAUAUGACUUUUUAUAUGUUUCCUUUCUAACGGGACUCAGGGUAGGAAUUUUCCACUUUUUGAAAAUAUGAAAUAAAUAAAGAAUAAAUGAAAAUCUUAAAAAUAUAUCUGAAAACAAAAAUUUCAUAUUUUCACGAAUUUCCAUUACAAGAAAUUGUAUUAUCCAUGUUGAUGACUAUCCAAUCUCAAAAAAAUAUAUCUUAUGUUUUGUUCUAUAAA